GAAAUUUUUCAGUGGUGGCAUGUUUCGUGAUAAUUUGUGAGUAUUUGCCGUGAAUACCGCUGAAAAGGGCUACUAAAGAUGAGUCGUCCAAAGAUUAUGAGCCGCCAGACAGCGGGAUACACCAGUUUGAUCACCUUCGCGGUGUUGUUUCUGGCCUGGGUGUCGGGCUUUUCAUCUCGCCUCUUCGCCGUUAUUCGCUUCGAGAGCAUCAUCCAUGAGUUCGAUCCCUGGUUCAAUUACCGCGCCACGGCAUACAUGGUGCAGCAUGGAUUCUACAAGUUCCUCAACUGGUUCGACGAGCGCGCCUGGUAUCCGCUGGGGCGCAUUGUGGGCGGCACAGUGUAUCCGGGCCUCAUGAUCACGUCCGGCAGCAUCCACUGGCUGCUGCACCUGCUGCACAUCCCCAUCCACAUCCGCGACAUUUGCGUGUUCCUCGCGCCCGUCUUCAGCGGCCUCACGGCCAUCUCCACGUACUUGCUGACGAAGGAGCUGUGGUCCGCGGGCGCGGGCCUGUUCGCCGCCAGCUUCAUCGCCAUCGUGCCCGGCUACAUCAGCCGCAGCGUGGCGGGCAGCUACGACAACGAGGGCAUCGCCAUCUUCGCCCUGCAAUUCACCUACUAUCUCUGGGUGAAGUCCGUGAAGACGGGCUCGGUGUUCUGGGCGUCCAUGGCCGCCCUCUCCUACUUCUACAUGGUAUCCGCCUGGGGUGGGUACGUGUUCAUCAUCAAUCUCAUCCCGCUCCACGUGUUCGUGCUGCUUAUCAUGGGACGCUACUCGCCGCGCCUCUUCACCAGCUACACCACCUUCUACAUCCUCGGCCUCCUCCUCUCCAUGCAAAUCCCCUUCGUGGGCUUCCAGCCCAUCCGCACCAGUGAGCACAUGGCGGCCUCGGGGGUGUUUGUCCUCCUGAUCGCCGUCGCCGUGCUGCGACACAUGCAGACGGUGCUGACGAAGCAGGAGUUCCGCCGCGUCUUCAUCAUCGGCGGCCUCUCAGCCGCCGGCCUGGUGUUCCUCGCCGUGGUCAUUCUCACAAUCUCAGGCGUCGUGGCGCCGUGGAGUGGACGCUUCUACUCACUCUGGGACACCGGCUAUGCCAAGAUUCACAUCCCCAUCAUCGCCUCCGUGUCGGAGCAUCAGCCCACCACGUGGUUCUCCUUCUUCUUCGAUCUCCACAUCCUCGUGUGCACAUUCCCCGUGGGACUAUGGUACUGCAUCAAGCGCAUCAACGACGAACUCGUCUUUGUCGUGCUCUACGCCAUCAGCGCCGUCUACUUCGCCGGCGUGAUGGUUCGUCUCAUGCUCACGCUCACGCCAGUCGUGUGCAUCCUCAGCGGCGUGGCAUUCUCCGGUUUGUUAGAAGUGUUCCUCAAGGACGACAACGCUCCGUCUAAUGCUUCUGGCAAUGGUGAGGAGAGUGAGGAGCCCGUGGAGAGGAAGAACAUGUACGACAAGGCGGGAAAGCUGAAGCACAGGCCAAAGCAUGAGGCCACGACGCACGACGCCUCCAGCUCCGGCGGCAAUGGCAUGGGAUCGAAUCUCAAGAGUGUUGUAAUUGUGGCAGUUCUCAUGAUACUGAUGAUGUUCGCUGUGCACUGCACGUGGGUCACGAGCAACGCUUACUCCAGUCCAUCAAUUGUGCUGGCAUUCUACAAUAGCGCCGAUGGGACACGAAAUAUCCUGGAUGACUUCCGCGAGGCGUACUAUUGGCUGUCGCAGAACACUGCUGAUGAUGCGCGCGUGAUGUCGUGGUGGGAUUAUGGCUACCAAAUAGCGGGCAUGGCGAAUCGGACGACGCUGGUGGACAACAAUACGUGGAAUAAUAGUCACAUUGCACUCGUGGGCAAGGCGAUGUCGUCGCCUGAGGACAAGGCCUAUGACAUCAUGACGUCCCUCGACGUGGAUUACGUGCUGGUGAUAUUUGGCGGUGUGAUUGGCUACUCUGGUGACGAUAUCAACAAGUUUCUGUGGAUGGUGAGGAUUGCCGAGGGUGAACAUCCGAAGGACAUUCGCGAGAGUGACUUCUUCACGGAUCGCGGGGAGUUCCGGGUGGAUGCUGAGGGUGCGCCAGCCUUGCUCAACUGUCUCAUGUACAAACUCAGUUACUACAGAUUCGGCGAACUCAAGCUUGACUACAGAGGAACUGCAGGAUAUGAUCGCACACGCAAUUCCGUAAUUGGCAAUAAAGAUUUCGAGCUGACGUAUCUGGAGGAGGCGUACACGUCUGAGCACUGGCUUGUGCGUAUUUAUCGUGUGAAGAAGCCCCAUGAGUUCAACCGGCCCAAUUUGAAGGAGGACGAUAGAGUGUUUCCAGCCAGCGAUUAUGUGUCACGAAAGACUUCAAAGAGGAGAAAAGGCUUCAUCAAGAACCGACCGACCGUGGUGAAGGGCAAGAGAAAUGUUGGCCCGAAGUGAGGUGAUGUACAACCGUUUUUUUCUAUCAAUCCACUUUUGCAGUGUCAAUAUUCAAUGAUAAAGGAGAAGAAGAAGAAGAAAAAAUAGA